CUUCCUCAAAUCCAUUCUCUGCGCUGCCAGCUCAGGACACUGGUGAAGGAGCAGUGAGGAACCUGCAGAGUCACACAGUUGGGCUCUGCCUGCCCCCGCCCCCUGUAGCUGACCAAGCGAGCUGUGAGCCUGGAGCAGAUCCGUGGGCUGCAGACCCCAGCCCCAGUGCCUAUCCCCCUGCAGCCCUGCCACUCGAACUGUGACAUGGAGAGAGUGACCCUGGCCCUUCUCCUACUGGCAGGCCUGACUGCCUUGGAAGCCAAUGACCCAUUUGCCAAUGAAAACGAUCCCUUCUACUAUGACUGGAAAAACCUGCAGCUGAGCGGACUGAUCUGCGGAGGGCUCCUGGCCAUUGCUGGGAUCGUGACGGUUCUGAGUAGCAAAUGCAAAUGCAAGAGCAGCCAGAAGCAGCACAGUCUCGUACUUGAGAAAACCAUCCCACUCAUCACUCCAGGCUCUGCCACUACCUGCUGAGCACAAGACCGGCCUCCAGGGAUGGCCUGAAGCAUAACACUGGCCCCCAGCGCCUCCUCCCCUGGGAGGACUUAUCCUCAAGGAAGGACUUCUUUCCAAGGGCAGGCUGUUAGGCCCCUUUCCAAUCAGGAAGCUUUUUUUCCGAAUUAAACUCACCCCACCACCCCUUCCUCUGUAGUCUUGUGAUCCAUCGUCUUUGGGUCUGGGGGCGAGUAAUCCCUUGGAUUGCUGACUUUCCCUGAAGGCCCACUCCCAACAAGCUUCCCGAUCCCUGAGUCCCUGCCACCCAACUGUCUCCUAUGGCUCCCACUCCAGCAAGCCCCACAGAGACCCAUGAACCGUGAGACACUACAGUGUUAUAACAGAAGACCUUUCCAUUUCCACCACUUGCAUGGGGG